AUGUCGACUGUGUUUGGAGCACGUGUGAAGAACGUUCUUUCUGCCGAUACUCUUGUGCUGGUUCCCCUGAAGGGGUCCAAUGCGGAGCGCACCUUGACCUUGGGGUACGUCCAGAGCCCGAAAUUGAGUUCGGGAGAGAAGUACGCUUUUGAGGCGAGAGAGCUGCUUCGAACUUUAUUAAUUGGAAAGGAGAUCAAAUUCUGGGUCUUGUACACCAGCCAGUCAGGCAAGGAGUUUGGAGACUUGUCGACUCCUUUGUUCCCAUCGCUGAUCUCGUAUUUGUUGGAAAAAGGAGCUGUCAAGCUGAGACCGGGCAUUUUCGAUGACGAGCCAACUGUCAAGUUGCAACCAAUCGAGGCCAGAGCUCGCAAGCAGGAGCUGGGUCUAUGGAACCCAAAGCUCGCAUCUCUUGAGAUUUCCAACGAAUUGACCGCUUCUCAGAAGGAAAAGUCCCGGUCCACCCCAUUGGACGCAAUUGUGGAGAGAGUUUUAAGCGGAGACAGAUUGAUGGUCCGUGUGAUCCUUUCCAAGUCCAAACACGUUGUGCUUUCUGUUCUGAUCGCCGGUGUUAAGUCGCCUCGGACUGCGUUCUCAGACCAGCCUGCCGAGCCGUUUGGGGAACAGGCCAAAAUCUAUGUGGAAACCAGAUUAUUGGCUCGCAAUGUCAAGAUCAGCAUUUUGGGCGAGUCUUCCACGGGAAUUUCGGUGGCAGAGGUCAUCCACCCUGCUGGAAACAUUUCCAAGAAGAUCCUCGAGGACGGUCUGGCGGAGGUCUGCGACUGGCAAUCUAGCUUGGUUGGUGCCAACGAAAUGUCCGAGCUGAGAAAGUGCGAGCGUCUUGCCAAGACAGCAAAGAAGAACUUGUGGAAAAACGAAGAGUUCAACUCGGACGCAACUAGCAAGAGUUUCAACGGAACGGUCGCCAGAGUGAUCUCUGCGGACACCCUUGUGAUCAGACUGAAGGACGAUACGGAGACCACUGUGCAAUUGGCUUUCUUGAGAGGACCAAGACAAUCUGAUCCAGAGUCUGCUCCGUUUGUUGCAGCUGCGAGAGAGUUUGUUCGUUCCAAGGCCAUCGGAAAACAGGUCAAGGUUGUUGUCGAGUCCGUCAGACCGAAGACCGAACAGCUGGACGAGCGUGCUUUGGUGAGCGUGUUUUUCAGCGACGGAAAAAACUUAUCUGAUCUGGUUGUUUCGAGUGGAUAUGCCACUGUCCUGAAACACAAGGGAGACGAGAAGCCUGAGUACUGGGACUCCUUGAUCGAGAGCGAGUCUCAGGCCAUCAAGGCCAAGAAGGGACUCCAUGGUAAGGCUCCAGAGCCAGAUAGAAUUGUGGAUGCUUCCGAAUCUGCAGUCAGAGCAAAGCCAUAUUUAUUUUCUCUCCAGAACCGGACCAAGAUUCCAGGAAUCGUGGAGCAUGUGAGCGCUUCCAACAGAUUCAAAGUUUCUGUGCCUCGUGAAGGGUUCAAGCUAACGCUUGUUCUUGGUGGAUUGGCCAAUACCAAGGGAGACAACGAACUUUCUGAGAAAGCGUUGUUGUACACCUCCAAGAAGGCUUAUCAAAGAGACGUCCAUGUGGAUAUCUACAACGUUGACAAGUUUGGAGGUUUCAUUGGUAACCUAUAUUUGGCCAACUCCAAUGUGCCUUUCCAGGUGUCGUUGUUGCAACAGGGAUUUGCUGAGUGCCACGACAGAUCACUGGCACAAACCAAGUUCGAGUCUCAGUUCUUGCAGGCAGAGGAAGAGGCCCGGGCUAAGAAAGUUGGACUUUGGGCAAAUUACACUCAGGAGGAGGCGCCUGUCCAACAGUUUUCGAAGCUCAGCAUCGACAGAAAGUAUUACGAUGUGCUGAUCACCGACGUUUACGACGGUAUCAGUUUCCAUAUUCUCAACGAGGAGCAGAAAAAGCUCUCUCCGUUCAUGAAACAGUUCCAUGCUGCUUCGUCCGGGUUCAAAACUCUGGCUAAAGCUCCAAAGGCUGGAGCUGUUCUUGCAGCCAAAUUCUCUGAGAACGGCAAGUUCUACAGAGUCGUUGUGGAAACCGUUGACCGCCAGCUUAAUAAGUACAAAGUCCGUCACAUUGACUACGGAAACACAGAAACCGUUGCCUUUUCCGACCUGCGCGAGCUGCCACCCACUUUUGCAACCAGCGUGCUGAAGCCACAAGCACACCUUGCACAGCUGUCGUUGGUGAAGCUUCCCCCACAGCAUCCUAUCGAUUACCAUCAGGACGCUGUGUAUUUCCUGGAAGACCUGAUUCUGGACAAACAGCUGGUUGCCUGCGAGACGUUCCACAACCCUGUUUCAGGAAUCGAGAUGGACGUGGAGCUGUACGACCCGGAGACAAUUGCCAACGACCCGCAAUGGACCAUCAACAAGGAGCUCGUUUCGAACGGACUGGGUAUCGUGAAGAAAGAGCUAAGUGAGUUCGAGAAGCUGUUGAAAACAGAGCAGGAGGCUCUGCUCAAGCUCGAAUCCAAAGCAAAGGCCCAGCACAAAGGAUGUUGGGAGCACGGCGACAUCGAAGAGUAA